AUGGUUGGAUUCGGACGUGGAGGCUAUGGAAAUAGUACCCCAGACAUAGAUUCAACUACACAAAACACAACUGAUCCUUCACUACAAGUAUUCUCAGCACCCUCACAAACAAUCCGCACAGGUCGUGGAGGAUUUGGUAACACAGUGGUUUCCACUACUACUUCACAAACAACUAUCACUGACACUGCCACUCCACAACAAACGACUUCUUCUGCUUACUAUCUUGUAGAAAACGUACCACGAGAAGCGUUAUCUGUAACAGGAGGAGUACUCGAAAGUGUUCAAACGUCAUCAUCAUCAUCAUCAGGUAUGUACCGUGGAGGACGGGGGGGAGCAGGAAAUAGAGAAUUUGCAAAGGCAAUGGCAGAAGAACAAGCUAGGACCAAAGAACGAGCACGCGAAGCCGCAGUUCGGAAACAAUUUGAUGAAGCACGGGUCGGUGAUUCUGUGGCCAAACCUGCCAAGGCGCUUGUACGAGAUUCCUAA